AGCGCAAACAUACCAAAAAAACGCCUUAUUACUUAACAACAAAUUCCUUACAACCUUUCAUUCCAGACGUCCAGUCCAAACUACUGACUUUACAGCCCCCCUCCUCCCUUCUUCCUCGCUGUACACCAAAAGAAAGAAAAAAAUCCCCCAAUCCACCAGUCUCUCUUCAUCUCCCUCCACCAAUCCCAUGGCCGACAAGCAUCAGAUCAAUCAAGAAGAUUAUUUGCCAUCAGCCACCAUCCAUCCAACUACCCCCACCCAACGUCGGCGUUCCUCCUACCACAACCUCCAAAAUCACCGCUUUUCUCUGUACCUCUGCGGUAUCCUCGCCGCCGCCGUCCUCCUCGCCGGCCUGAUCAUCCUGAUCCUAGCCUUCACAGCCUUCAAAAUAAAAGACCCUCAAUUAACCAUGAACUCCCUCCACAUCGACCGCCCCCUCGUCCCCGGCCUCGUCCCCUCCCUCACCAGCCCCUUUUCUCUCAACGCCACUCUCACCGCCGAUAUCUCCAUCAAGAAUCCCAACGCCGCGUCCUUCAGGUUUCGGAACAGCACCACCAAUUUCUACUACGGAGGGGAGAUCGUCGGCGUGGCUUACGCGCCGGAAGGGAGGGUGAGGGCGCGGCGGACGCUGCGGAUGAAUGUGACGGUGGAUGUGUUGGCGGAUAGGGUUGUGAUGGAGACGAAUGCGACGGGCGUGGUGUUGGGGAAAGGUCGGGUGAAUAUAACGAGCUUUACGGAUGUCUCUGGGCGGUUUGAUUUGCUUGGGGUUUAUAAGAGGGAUCUUGAUAUUUUGCUUAAUUGUAGCUUUACGAUAGGAUUUUGGGAGGGUGGUUUUGUAAAUAAGGUUUGUCAGGGUAACGUUUUGUAAACUUUUUGGAUUUAUAAAAUGUGGCUGUUGUGGCUGAUUUGUUUG